AUGUCGCCACGAGAUAAUACCGUCGGCAUUGCCUCACGCCGUCGCCCCUCGCUAUCACUUCGUCCCCGCCCAAGGACCGCUGCCUACCCAAUUGCACUCCCCAAAGAAUACACAUUCGAUCAGUGUCAGAAAGCCUCCCUGGUGGAGGCGUGCGACGACGAUUCAUCGGCUUUUGAAGAGAUGGAGCCCUUUCCAGAGGCUGUGCCUCGGCGCCGUACAGCCAAAAGCUUCUCUAGCCUGCGUCAUCCGAUGGAUGGAUUAGUGGCGCUGGGCCGUCGUCUAUCUGUGACUCUCCGCAACAAGUCCUCCAAGCAGAACUUGCGUGUGCAUGGAGAAGAACAGAAUGACGAGAGCCGUCACUAUCACCACGCUACGAGCACCUCCGGCCACAAGCGCAAUGCUGCGUCUGGAAGCUGGGGUAUGCGUUCCCGUGCGUGGUCUCAUGGCCCUAAUGCAGGCAGCAUCAACCGCCGCCCUUCCCUGAACAGUCCCUCUGCGCUGCAUGGAUUCUAUGUUCCGACUGCGUCUAUCCCGGCUCCCAUUCCAGGUCAUGGAUUUGAGCCGCCAAUUCUGCCAAAUGAUAUCUAUGCCGGUGCGGCAGCGCGAGCUGCUGCUGCUGCGCAGAAUGAACAGAUGGAAUUGGCUAGGUUGGAAUUGGCCAAGACGGAACGGGAUCUGAUCAAAGGGUUGCCGGAGAUGCGAUUGACCCAGGAUUCGGAGAGUGGGAUUGGCAUUGAUCUGCGAGACCCUUCUGAAAUUACUGACUCGGAAUUGGACAUUGUCCGCCUUGACCCGGUUUCCUACCUUCCCUCCGAGACCAUGGCUCACGUGCUCUCAUACUUGGACCCUGCGUCUCUCAUGGAGGCAGAAUCGGUGUCCAGCUCCUGGCACCGUGAGGCGUCCUCCCCACAUGUUUGGAAGCAUGUGUUUCGUGGCGCGUACCCCCGUCGGCCAGUCAGCGCUACUGCUACAAAGAAGAAACAAUCCGUCGGUCUGGGGAAAUCCAUUCCCAACCAAGACUGGAAGCGAAUGUUCUUUGUUCGGCGAGCUCUCGAGCAACGCUGGAAGGAGGGCAAGGCUGCGGCAAUCUACCUCCACGGCCACCAAGACAGUGUCUACUGUGCUCAGUUCGAUGAGGACAAGAUUAUCACUGGUUCUCGUGAUCGCACGAUCCGUGUGUGGGAUGCUCACUACCCUUGGUCUUGCCGCAAGAUCAUUGGCCCGCCCCCGGAUGAUGUGUCUCUCGCGGGACCUGUGAAUAACCCGGCGCAGCAAGCCAUGGGCAAGUCUCCAUUUGCGACUAUCUGCCCGCCAUCAACUCCGUCUGCUGGCAUUGUCACGCCAAUGGAGCAGCCUGCAGACUACCACAGUGCUUCCAUUCUUUGCCUGAAGUUUGAUGAGGAAAUCAUGGUGACUGGGUCUUCGGACUACACCUGCAUUGUUUGGGAUAUCAAGAAUGAUUACCGCCCAAUCCAUCGUCUGACCGCUCACCGUGCCGGUGUCCUGGAUGUCUGCUUCGAUGACCGGUACAUCGUAUCCUGCUCCAAGGACACCACCAUCUGCGUAUGGGACCGUCGCACUGGCGCACUCCUGAAGCAGCUUGUGGGCCACCAUGGCCCGGUGAAUGCUGUUCAACUCCGCGGUGACCUCGUCGUGUCGGCUAGUGGCGACGGCGUGGCUAAGCUGUGGAACGUUACUGAUGGCCACUGCGUCAAGGAGUUCCCCAGCAAGGACCGUGGCCUUGCCUGCGUCGAGUUCAGUGAGGACGGCCGAACCAUCCUCACUGGUGGCAACGACCGGACUAUCUAUCAGUUCGAUGCCAAUACCGGCGAGCUGGUCAAUGAACUUCGUGGCCACACUGGCUUGAUUCGGUCGCUUCACCUUGACAGCAUGAACAAGCGCAUCGUGAGUGGUAGCUACGAUAUGAGUGUCAAGGUGUUUGACACUGACUCUGGCGAGCUCUCCAUCGAUCUACCUGGUUGGACUACUAGCUGGAUGCUGAAUGUCCAGUCAGACUAUCGGCGGAUCGUGGCGACUAGCCAGGACUCGCGGGCCGUUAUCAUGGAUUUCGGCUAUGGAUUGGAUGGCAUUGAGAUGCUGGAGGAGUGA